AGAAUCGAAAGAACAAGAAAACAUAAGUCAGUUGCUUCGGUCGCGGUGUGUGAAUCUAUUUUAUCCAGUUUACGUUUUCUUUAUCUGUUCAAUUGAGAUUUCGUUUUGUCCAUAAAUCGACAUCGUAUUUGUCUAGUAAUAGUUGCAAACAAUUAGGCCCGCAAAAUUCCGGUUUAAUUCGAAUGUGAGUUGUUUAAUUUGUGUGACAUAAUUCACAUUAUUUCUGACAGUAUGGUGGCACAUACACACACUGAUGCUUCGCUAAUUUGAAAUGUAAAAGAAAUGUGCAAACAAAACAUUAGAAAAGUGUGAGAUGAAAUAAAGUGAUCAUUGCAGCGCAAGCGGAUAAGCGAAAUUUGUAUUUUAAUUUGCCGUUAAUUACUUUCAGCGUGGCCCAUGUCAACAAAUGGAGCCGAAUGAUGUUUUAAAGAAAUUUAUCGAUGUGUGCUCCAACAAAGAUGACAAGUGCACAAGGUACUCGUUUGCUUCGAACGGCAUUUUGGAGUGGUUUGGACGGAAUAUUAAGGACAACAAUAAAAUUUUCGAAUACAUAAGAUACAACUUAAGCCAUCAGUAUGAACACAUAUUUAGCGUUGCAAUCCGAUGUGACGCAUUUGAAGAAAAACCUCUACACAGAGCAACUCGACGACAACCCUCAGACACAAUAACGAAUGUUGAUAGCAGCUCAAAAUCAGACGAUGUCUUCGAAACUCCCCCGAGUAGUUCUGCAACUAAGGAAUCCGAUGAUAUGACUACACCGGAAAGGAAAAAACAACAGGAUGCUAGCAAAAUUCACGAGUUCAGCGAUACCGAUGACGAGCCAUCGUUUCCGAGGUCACCUCGAAUCACAAGAAGUGCACAGAAGCGAUGCUCGGAUGCACCAUAUCCGCAGUCACCAUCGAAACGAAAUAGAAAGACCGAUCACAAAGAAAGUGAACAGUUGCGUUUAAAUGCCGAAACGUCGGAGCUCCCGGACCCAUCAAAAAACACUGAAAUAAAAUACAUUGAGGCCGUUGGAACGGUACGUAAAUUACGUAAACUUAAACAUCGCGGCAUAGAUUCAAGGUCCAAGGAAAUACGAAUUUAUGAGAGUCCUACGGGUAGGCAUUGGGAGUCUGGGAAUACAAAACUAAAAAUCUCCUACAGGGAGAACGUCAAUCAAAGUGACCUGCAAUUUGUACUAGUUAUCUAUCAGCAUAUUGAUAAUAGCCCGCGAUGUAGGAGAGACUUAAUGACAGAGUUCGCAAAAACGUGCUCUGACGAAACCACCGAUGUACAAAAAAGUGAGAAAAAAGGUAAAACAAAUAAAAAUUUAAAAAUGAGAAGACUACGAUUCUAAACAGUUUGAAAUUGUGCAACCUAUUCGUAUUAGAAAUUUCGAUUGUCCAGCCCAGUGUUUCUGUUUUUAAAGCGAAUAGCAUAGAAUAACUUGUAAUAAGUCCAACUGAGUUAGUGGCGAAGCCAACGAGACCUUAAAAUGUAAAACUUAAGCAAUAGUAUCAUCAUUGAAUGACAAAAAUUUGAACAAAUUGAAAAUAAAACGUUUUAUCAAAAAUUUAUAAA